ACAUGAAGACAUGACAUCGGCAGAACUACAGCAGAAACUUCAAGAAAUAAGGGCUCGUAGGAGACGUAGAGAGCUUUACUUGUCUGCGAGAGAUAGAUUGUUGACAAUGGUUUCAUUUGGCAUGUACAACAAAGAGAAACAAUCUAUUAAAAGUUCAAUUUUGGUCGAUGAACGACAGAUUAAUGUGACUGCUGAUAGACCAGAAUCCCCUUCAGCUGACAGCUUGCAUUCGAGCACAAGUAGCCUGGACGUGGAAAUAGCAGAGGGUGAAGGGACAGUGUUGCGGUGGUACACUACUGUAAUUCGUAUUAUAUAUAUUCUUUUGUGGUGUACUCUGUAUGCAGUAGCUGUGCAGAUGGAGUUUGGUGUUAUAUACCUCAUUGUGUCAGCAUUGUGUCUUAUUUGGCUAAACACAAGAGUUGGUCCUAAGAAGAAAGGAGAAAUAAGUGCAUACUCAGUUUUCAAUCCAAACUGUGAGUCAAUAGAUGGUACACUGAAAGCUGAGCAGUUUGAAAGAGAAAUCAGAUACGGGGCAGCAAGUGUCCACUGACAUUUCCUACAUCUAUGUUCGCAGAAUGUUGUUAGUGCCAGGAUUUGUCACAUAACAAGGUGGCACAGAUAUAUAAAAGAAGCGUCUCACAUUUUACAAAUAAAAUUGGCAAAACUCUGCUCGUCAACAAAAUGUACAUACCGGUUUUCUACCUCUUUCUCAGUGCCUUUUCAUCCCUCUGACCUCCCUCCUGAAGUUCAACUGGGUCGUGUUACAAGUCAUUAUUAUAAACCGAUUAUAAAUCUUUACCUACGGUAUAUUACAUUUGUUUAAGUAUGCAGGUUGGUGUGACUGAAAACUGACAUCAGUGGCUUGUGGAGACAGUUGAUUCCUAUAGCAGCAUGGCAUCUGGGUCAUUGCAUGUCAAAUCAACCAAUUGUACUACAUGAUUUGAACUAUGACCUCUCAGAUUUGGAUGAAUUUUUUUUUUUCAGGUAAUUUACUCACUAACACUAGUUUAAAUUUGAAAUUUCAAAUUUUUCUGACUUUUGGUUUUUGAGUUUCAAGAGUUUAAAAAUGAAAAAAUCCUCUGUUUUUCAUCAGUUGAUGAUUGUUUUAAAAUGCUGUAGCUAAAAAACUAUACAACCUAGAGAGCUCAAACUUGCACCAUUGUUUUCCUCUAAAAAUUCCCUUCAAUUUGAUAUGUAACAUGACUAUGCUACCUAAAUCUGAACAUUUUAAACUAUUCAAAAAAAAAAAAAAAACAUUUUUUUAAAUUUCCAAAAUACGUACCCUCAGAUUUUUUAAUAAAAAUUGUGUGUGUUGACCAGUCUGACUGACUACAUGCAUGCAAAAUUUCAAGAUGGGAUCUCAAUGGGUUCUUGUAUCAAAUAAUAUUUUACUACUGCAAUACACACUAGUGAGGUGAAAAGCAGACUAUUUCUAGGCUAUGAAUACUAAGGUAGGCCUAUGUAAUUCUAACAAACUUAAAUUAUUAUGUUAGCCUUUUUAUGCAACAUUACCCUCUCAUUGUUUGUUAAUUCAUUAAAUGAUAUAGUGUUGUUUUAAUUUAAUGUUCAUGAUUCUUUUAACUAUGCAUCAGAAGGAAUUGGUAAUAUAUGUGCUAAAAAAAAAAAAGAAU